UUUAAUUGGAAAUUAAUUGAUAUUUGUUCUUUCUUUUCUUCUCUUGUCAUUUUUGCCUGCUUCAAAAUGUUUGAUUUACUUUUAGAAAGUAGGCUUUGUUCAUUUAACUUUGUAUUUGAUGAUUUGUUGCUGUUUGCGUGUAUCUCAUUUUUCUUUGCUUUGUGUAAAUUCAUCCGUUAGCAUACAUAUUCAUGUCUUUCCAUUUCUGCAUUCUAUCAUACGUACUUGCGUUUGUGUGUAUACAUUGUAUGAAUGAAUACAUUAACGAAUACCUGGAUGUGUGAACCGAUGGAUCAAUGGGUACGAAUGUGAAGGGAGGAGACUUUACUGGGCAGAUGAAAGUACACACCUGAUAGGAUGGAUGGAUUUGGAGGACAGGCGACCUGACGUUUUUUUUUAUCAGAGGGACUCAUACUUUACGGGCCUGGAUAUCUACCAAAAUGAGUUGUUUGUCACGAACUGGGGACCUGAAAAGCAUCUGUCAGAAACUACAUACAUCUAUCGCAUUGGCAAGAGUAGAACAAUGCUGGCGAGUGUACAAGUUAAUGGCAGAGUAAACGAAGUUCGUGUCUAUGCCGAGGAGAGUAUACAUACAGCAUCUACCCCACCAGCACCAACAAGCGAUCACACAAUAGAAAGUGGAAGUACAGAAACAGACUCUGAUGGCACUGAGACUUUAAACAUCAUUUUGGUCGGCGUCAUCGUUGCCUUGGUAGUAACUACUGGCAUCACCAUUCUCAUCGUUAUCAUUAAAAAAAGAAAAUGUAAGUAAACAUCAGGAAAUAUUACUAAUAUAAACAUAACAACAAUCCACCAAAAUAACAAAUAGAUUACACAUUAAUUACUUUGACUACACUUUAAACAUGACAAACAUAACAGUUGCAACAGCACAAUUAAACUUCUUGUCAUAAAUAAUCUCCAAGUUUACAGUUUUCUGUGAGAAGAAAUCACCCGGACAUCGUCGGUCAGUUUUUGCGGCCUCAGGGCAAAGGUUACACACCGUCACACAAAGUCUCGCUGUCGCUAUAGCAACGCUCGAGGAAAAAAAGAAAAUUUGCUGAUUAUUUGUUCUAGUAGAGUGACAAUUCUUCUUUGAAAACGUGAAGAAUGAGAACAUUCUGCUGUCUUUUGUGUACACAGACUUUUAUCUCGUCUUUACAGAGGUAAGAAAAAGAAUUUGUUUGAUAUCAGGCCCAUGGUUUGCAAGACUUUGUUCCCAUGUAACAUAAAAGCUUGAAGAAAACACUAUAUUUCAUAAUUUUUCUGUAACGUGCAAUUGAUCUAACAUUUUUGGAAUCAUAGCCGCUUUUUCUUAGUUUUUGUUUUUUUUGUUUUUUGGGGUUUUUUUGACAUUUUUUUUUCUGUUUUGAUCACAUUUUUUAGAAGAAAAAUCCUGAAACACUUCUAGUAAUCUACUUGGUUUUAGAAAGUUUUCGAUGUCUUCAGUUACGAAAUGUAGAAUCUGUUCACUUUAGCAAGGUCUUGAUACAUCCAUCUAUUAGUCUGUCUUUAUUCUCGACCACUGUAAUAACUGUUGCCACUGAUAACCACUACUAGGAGGGAGAUAUGAGAGUGAGUGUAGUAAUUGUAUGGGUGUGUGGCAAGUGGCUGUGUUGUCUAUUUUAUUGUUUGUGAGCUCCAAAUAUAGAAAGAUUUGUGUAUCUUCUGUCCUUUAUUGUUAUGAUCUGGCCUUUAAUUGAAUCAAACAGAUCAGCAAGCAAAUGGUUAGAGACACAUCAAUGAUGAUGAUGUAGUUUUGUAACGCACUAGUAUCCCUAGUAUCCCUAGUAUCACAAAGAUGCGCUCAAUGCGCGGUGAACCCAGCAGCCACCAAACUGCAGGUCAAAGGAUCAACUGCAAAUAAUGUUAAACAAGUGAGUCUUAAGAUUUUUCUUGAAAGAUGCAAUACUA